AGAAAACACGAGGAACGCCACUUGUUUGAGAUCAGAUACCACGUUAUCUGUCCACUUCAAACCAAAAUGUACGGAUGAUUGUCUCUCAGCACAAUCAACCAGCAGUAGCAGUAGCAGCAGCAACUCUCUCUCUGGCUGCAAAUUAUGAACUUACUUCACUCUACUUCACACUCAGUACAUGUCCUCAAAUUCAUUUCCCAGUUCCGAAGUACCCCAAAAUUCUGUCUUUUGAAAAGAAAUGUCACUUCCAAUUUAGAAAACUUUGGCAGUAACCUUUUUAGUAAUUCAACGGCAUCGAUUUCCAUUAAAGCAGCAAGAGAUGGGGUGGAUACAGCUGUGGUGGUGGAGGAGGAGGGGCCUAAAUUGAGAAAGUUUCAGGUUUUUGAAGGCCAUCCUUCACCAUUUGGUGCCACAGUUCGUGAUGGUGGUGUCAAUUUCGCUAUAUUUUCUGCCAAUGCAGUUUCUGCUACUCUUUGCUUGAUUUCUCUCUCUGAUUUGCCUGAGAAUAGAGUGACUGAGCAGUUUUUUCUUGAUCCUUUGACCAACAAGACUGGGGAUGUUUGGCAUGUGCAUUUGAAAGGAGAUUUUAAAGAUAUGCUCUAUGGGUACAAGUUUGAUGGCAGCUUUUCUCCUGAAGAAGGACAUUACUAUGAUCCCUCUCAGAUUGUAUUGGACCCGUAUGCAAAAGCAGUCAUUAGCAGAGGGGAUUUUGGUGUUUUAGGGUCUGAUGAUAAUUGCUGGCCUCAAAUGGCCUGCAUGAUACCAACUGCAGAUGAUAAGUUUGAUUGGGAGGGAGAUUCACUGUUGAAGUAUCCACAGAGAGAUCUAAUACUAUAUGAAAUGCAUGUUCGUGGGUUUACACAGCAUGAAUCAAGUAGGACUGAAUUCCCUGGUACAUACCUUGGUGUAGUGGAGAAGCUUGGUCAUUUGAAGGAACUUGGUGUCAACUGCAUAGAGUUAAUGCCAUGCCAUGAAUUCAAUGAGCUUGAGUAUUACGAUUACAAUUCUGUCUUCGGUGAUUAUAAGGUUAAUUUUUGGGGGUAUUCUACUGUCAAUUACUUUUCUCCUAUGACAAGAUACUCAUCUGCUGGCACACUUAACUGUGGCCAUGAUGCAAUUAAUGAAUUCAAGCUUCUAGUUAGAGAAGCACAUAAACGAGGAAUUGAGGUGUUCAUGGAUGUUGUUUUCAAUCACACAGCAGAAGGAAAUGAGAGAGGUCCCAUUCUAUCUUUCAAAGGAGUUGAUAAUAGUGUCUAUUACAUGCUUGCUCCUAAGGGAGAGUUCUAUAAUUAUUCAGGUUGUGGGAACACAUUCAAUUGCAACCAUCCUGUCGUGCGUCAAUUUAUUUUGGACUGCUUAAGAUAUUGGGUGAUUGAGAUGCAUGUAGAUGGCUUCCGCUUUGACCUUGCUUCUAUCAUGACUCGAAGUAGUAGUCUCUGGGAUGCAGUUAAUGUUUUUGGGAGUCCAAUAGAAGGCGACUUGGUGACAACUGGUACUCCUCUUGGCAGCCCACCAUUGAUUGAAAUGAUGAGUAAUGAUCCCAUACUCCGUGAUGUUAAGCUUAUAGCUGAAGCAUGGGAUGCCGGAGGAUUGUAUCAAGUUGGCAUGUUUCCUCAUUGGCAUAUUUGGUCAGAAUGGAAUGGAAAGUAUCGAGACAUUGUGCGGCAGUUCAUUAAGGGUACAGAUGGUUUUUCUGGGGCUUUUGCUGAAUGCCUUUGUGGGAGCCCAGGUUUAUACCAGGAAGGAGGAAGGAAACCAUGGAACAGCAUUAACUUUGUAUGUGCGCACGAUGGUUUUACUUUGGCUGAUUUAGUGACAUAUAACGAGAAGCAUAACUUGGCAAAUGGAGAAGACAACAAUGAUGGAGAAAAUCACAACAAUAGCUGGAAUUGUGGACAGGAGGGUGAAUUAGCCAGCAUUUCAGUGAAGAAAUUGCGAAAACGGCAAAUGCGAAAUUUCUUUCUGUGUCUUAUGGUUUCUCAAGGUGUUCCAAUGAUACACAUGGGUGAUGAAUAUGGUCACACAAAAGGGGGCAACAACAAUACAUAUUGCCAUGACAACUAUAUCAACUAUUUCUGGUGGGAUAAGAAGGAAGAAUCCUCAUCAGACUUCUUUAGAUUUUGCCGCCUCAUGACCAAGUUCCGCCAUGAAUGUGAGUCCCUUGGCUUGAAUGACUUCCCAACAGCAGAGAGGCUGCAAUGGCAUGGUCAUGCUCCUGGAACACCAGAUUGGUCAGAAACAAGCCGUUUUGUGGCCUUUACACUGAUUGACUCGGUGAAGCGCGAGAUCUACAUCGCCUUCAAUGCUAGCCAUUUGUCAGUUACCAUCACACUCCCAGAACGGCCAGCAUACAGAUGGGAGCCCCUGGUAGACACUGGCAAGCCUGCACCAUUCGAUUUCCUUUCUGGUGACUUACCUGAAAGGGACACAGCAAUGAAACAGUAUUCUCACUUCCUGGAGGCCAAUCUGUAUCCUAUGCUCAGUUAUUCUUCUAUCAUCCUCGUACUCUUGCCCGUAGACAAUGCUUAGCUCUCCAAACCCAGAACCAGCCACUUUGUAUGUAACUUGUAUUGUAUGAAAGUUCAAAGAAGCCAUGAAAGAAAUGAAAAGAAGUUUAGUUGUAUGUCAGAUAUAGUUUGGGGCAAUGAAUGUUUCCCCUAGAAGCUGUAUGUUUGCUUAGAGAUGGUUUAGAAGUUGGCAUAUGAAAGUUUUGAAGAAUUUUCAUCGCAACAAGCUUGUGAUUUGUUCACAGCAGAUAAUGUUUAUACAAAGCUGACAAGAAUCUUUUUGAAGGCAACCAAGCCUGGAUUUGUUUGAUCA